UGCAAAGCCAUGACACCAGCUUGUUGAAGGGCUUGGGGUGGUUGCAACGCCUUCAAGGAGAAAUGGCCUCAUACGUGAAUGUUUUAUUCAAGGAUGGUACUGCAACGUGACCUAUCUGGGCAGGGAAAUGAAGGCCUGGUGCUGGGCGUGUUCAUGGGGCCUCAGAGGAGUUUGUUUUUUGUGUGACUGGCGUAUACACUUUAGAUCUCCUACACCUGCUGGACAGCCCGGGUGCUAUCAAACAAAGGCUAGCUUGAAUACACUGCUGUUUCACUCCGAUGGGGUCGGAAUGUAUUUGGAGCUACAAUGCAACUGGGAUCAUGCGUGGUUCAAACCAUCAUUCGGGAAAGUACAACGCAAAAUGCCAAGAAUAAGGAAACUGUCGUGGCGGCCACGUUUUUCCAGAAAAAACAAAAGAGGUUGCAGGAAAGGGAAAAACGGCGGGACCAGAGCUCGUCCGUAUCCAGAAGACGUGGCACGUCUCGCUUGGCCCAUACAUUUGGGGCCACGUCCGGCACACAGCGCGCUGAUUGCAACAUGGCUGCCUGAGAUGCGCGCCAGUGCAACCUGGUAUUUUUCCAUCUGGCACAUUGCCACCAUGGCUCGCGGCCCCGGCUGCGUGUCGGGAUAUAUACCGAGAUAUGGAUCCGGCAUCUCGAGUCUGCUGGAAAAACAGAAGAUCCACUGGCCACCACAAGACAUCCGAGUGCAUUGGAAAAGGACGAUUUUUGGAGCAGACGAAAAGGCCGUGGUAUUCUGAGCACGAAACUGACGAGAACAGCGCAAACAGAGAACGCACCCACCCUCAGCUCC